AUGCAACUAGAGCCGGCCGAGACUUCAAACCUCGAAUCUCAGACCAACCGCUCUCAGCCUUCCACCUCCGUCCCUUCUCAACAUGGCUUCCAUCGCUCCCAGUCAGUCUCGCCAGACUCGUCCUCAGCCACACGCUCUCCGCUAUUUGUCGACACUGCGUCUGCAGCCACGCCGCGCUCCCAUGGCCCGGCUGCUCUUGACUUCGGCCGCCUCAGCCAAGAACUCGGCCGAUUGAGCGUCGCCGACGAUGGCCGUGCCGAUGAUUCUGUAGAAUUACGCUUUACUGUUGCCAAUGCUAAUGUCAAAGCCCCUUCUGCUGGUCGACGCAUCUCGGAAUAUGAAAAGGCUGCCUCCGCCUCGGCGUCCCGACAGAGCCCUCGCCCCCCGCUGGGCUUCAAGGUUACCAAGCGGCCCGGGUCGCCUUCAGAUGGCGUCCAGUUGACUGACUUCCCCAAUGAGAUACUGACCCACGUCUUAUCUCAUCUCCAUCCCGACUCCCACGGUGCCGUCGCGCUGGUCUCGAAACGAUUCUACGCUUUGGUCACCACUCCGUAUGCAUGGAGGACGGCUUUCAUGCGCUACUUCCCGGAGCAGGAUGUCUUGGAUACCUCCCAGAGAGCUAUACACUCUGCCCAGCAUGACGGCUCGUCGGAUGAGAUCCGGUCUGAGUCCCGCUACUUUACGCGGCUUACUCCGCUGGCUUCCUGGCGCAGCGAGUACCUUCUGCGCACUCGCCUGCUCCGGAGCGUUGCUCGUGGAAAGCCUGGAAGCAUCGGUUCUUCGAUUCGCUCCAGCCAGACGGGGAAGAAGGCUAGCGCCGUUCUGACGUACAACUCGAAGCUCCCGUGGACCAUCACCCACAUCCAUGCCGCCUUUGUUGCUAGCAAGAAGGGCCCGAGAGUCAUCCAUGGCGCUGCCGACCUCUGUGUGGCUUCUGUCAGCGACCCCAUUAUUGGGAAGGUCGAAAAAUGGGGCUUGGAUGAUCCCUUUUCGUUUGCGCAGUUGGACGAGAUGUUUCCGAAUCUCGAGCCGUAUGGCGUUGGCGACGACCCAGCUGCAGUUCCUAGCGUCAUAGACGUGAGCCAGCCAUAUGGAAUUGUCGGCGGAGAAGGAUUUCCUGGUGGUCGCGUUUAUUUUCGCGCUACCGGCGAGCUUCGUGGACGCUAUCUCAGCCCGGACAGCACCAUCAUUGAUAUGAUGCCCGAAAUCCCCAAGAUUCCGGAGCUUUCCGAGGCCAUUUGCUCCGUUUGGAUUGCAAAGUCGUCGAGUGUGCCAGCUAUGACGCACUCCAUGUUCGGUAUCCUGACCGGUUCAUCGCUCGGGGUGGUGACUAGUUAUGCGGUCCGCUAUGACUCGACCGGUCCUCGGUAUUCUAAUGGCGACAUGACCGCUCGAUGGGUCCUUAGCCCGGGCGUGCCGAUCAUCGACAUAAAGGUCGACGGCAGUUACAACCCAAAGCGAAAGGCACUCAACCGGGUCUGGGCCGUUGCCCUGAAUGCACUGGGAGAGGUCUACUACCUGGCCGAGACACCCACUCCACCGUUGGCUCGCGGGAAAGCAGAAAAUGCGACCAAGGACGCCUGGUACGCCGGUCGCACUGCGUACUGGAAGCUCAUCGAGCCAACCCGCCGCCUAGCACGGCACGAUGAAUUCGACAGAUAUGCGACUCGCGGCGCGUAUUCCCCUAGAUCACUGGCCAACUCAAUGAAUUUGAGCAAAGAGCAGAUCGUGGCUGAAGCAAAGGAAAUUGAAAAGUUCCUCCGACACAAACCAGCUCAUUUCCGGAAUGCAUGCCAGGGUUGGGACAUGCGCCGAAAGAUCGAGGUUGAUUUCGCUGGAGGCGACAAGAAUGGCAGCGGUGAAGCUGUCUUUGUCAUCACAUGCGGGCAUGAGAAAGGGGAACGCGCCUCUGUUUGCAGAUACAUCAGGGGGGCUGGUCUCACGGAACCCUCAACCCCAACCGGGUUCUCGACACCCUUCGUCAAGCCGAAGACCACAAGUCCGUCCAUUUUUGGCGGUAUGGGAGCCCCCGAUGGUCCUGAAAUUGCGGUUGGGACCCCCGACUCUUCUAAGUCGGCCACACUGCAGCUCGGCCCCGUAUCUCAGGGGCUGGAUGCUGAAGAGUGGCGAGCAACGGAAUUCUCACUAGAAAAUCAUGGCGGUACAGAGAUUACGGCAACCGCUGUUGAUAUUUGCACAUUUGCUAUUAUGGCGUCUUUCGAGGACCCUUUGCUUCUCGCAUCUCAGGAAGCAACACCUGAAAACCCAAAGAGAGCUGCCUCGAAACUCUCUGCAGGCGAAGUCCCGGGACGACGCUCACGUGCACUGGCCAUUGGGACCAAUACUGGCUCGGUUAUCAUGUGGAACAUGAGGGACACGACUCUCGUGGCAAAACCCAUGAGAGUGAUCCAGACCGAUUCGCCAAGCAUAUCGUGUCUUGCGGUGUCGGCGCUCUAUCUGGUCCAUGGCGGCAGCGAUGGUCUCGUGCAAGCCUGGGAUCCCCUGGCGUCUUCCCUUGAGCCAGUACGAACGCUCAAUGCCAAAUCAUCUGGUCGGAUCCCUCGUCACAUCCUCAAUGCCAAUCCCGCACUGCAGAAUGCCAACUAUACUGCUGUUGGCGCAAUCUUCUUGGAUCCUGACCCGACUGUUCUUCGGGGCGUCCUAUCUUUUGGUACCUUUCUUCGGUUUUGGACGUACAGUUCAACUGGCCAGUCUCCAGGCCGGAAACGUCGCAUUCGCCACUCCGAUAUACACGGCCGCCUGGCCACCCGUCGUCACGGCGGUGCGGUCUCGAGCUAUAUUGCCGCCGAGGAAGCAGAGCUCCGCCAGGAACAGGAACACCGCUCACGUGAGCUUGGCCGACUCCGUAAGCGGUUUGGCGUCGGGCUUGGUGACUUGACCGAAGAGGAGGCUAUUCGCUACGCAGAGCUCAUCUCGGAGGAGUCCUUCCUUGACGAGCAACGCCGCUUGAGUGCUAGUGAUACUGGGUCGGCUGCUGAUAUCGGCGAUACGGCGUCCUCGACGGGCAGCGUCGAUACUGUCACUUCCGAGCCAAGUCUUUCUGGCGCGAGUCCAAGUACUUUGAGUCUCCCUCCCCUUCAAGAGGAGACGGAUGACGAUUAUGAAGCUCAAAUUCAGCGCGCCAUUCGUCUGUCUUUGCUCGAGGGUGUCAACGAUGCAGAACAGUCUCCUCCAAACCGCAGCUCCGGAGACUACGAGUUCCACGUCAAGGUCAAGUUGAAAGACAAGAAGAAAGGGAAAGGGUCUUCGUCGACAUCUCCUUCCACAGCCAGCACUCCUGCAAUGCAGUACGAGGGCUCAAGCCAAAACGUUGGAGUCGAUGCCGAUGGUGACCUUGCCCUUGCCCUGCGACUGAGUCUUGAGGAAGAGUCAGCUAGGCAGGCUGAGGCUGCCGGGGCUUCUGCAGCGAGUGCUGGAUUUGAUGACUAUCCGCCGUUGGAGGUGGAUGUCAAGGGGAAGGGAAAGUGGGCCUAG